AUGGCUUCUCCGAUACCAUCGAGGAUUCCUCGACCUGCAAGCACGGAGAACUUCAUGUCCGACAGGGAAGUUGUUAGGUUGCUAAAUGAGCUACACUUGGAGAAGAUAAGAGCAGAAACGAGGGCAUCGAACUUGCAGGCACAGAUCGAGGAUUUACAUAAGCGUUUGGAUACUGUCAGCGGCUACGUGGUAUCCGACAGUGAGUCCAAUGCUGAUGGAUCAGAGUACAGCAGAUCUGUGGAUAAUCAGAUUCAGGACUUAGAGGAAGUGGGAUCAGAGCUGGAUAAUUUCAUCAGGCUGCGAAGCUACAUACUUCAUAUGCAGGAAGGGGCGUCCCUUUUGCUCUGGCGCGAAGAUGGACUGCAGCUCUGCUGGUUCUGGCUGGAUAAAGAAUGCAAGUCCCUCAACUGGGACUUUGACGAACAAGACCUCGGCGGGGGCGUUGAAGGAAUGACGGGGGACUCGCUUCUGUUGGAGAGGAUCAUCGACAUCGUCCCGUUGGGUGCUGGUCCAGAUCAGCUCACCGAUAAUCCUACUGACUCAAGUUUCACGAUCAUUCAUGACGGAGGUAGAGCCGAUGAGUAUCAAGACACUGGAAAUGACUUCCAGUGGUCAGGAAAACUGGACAUUGUCGCUCCAACCUCGCUAGACUUUCAAGUGUGGUAUUUUGGCCUCGCGUUUGCAACUCGGUUGCGAAUGAACGCGGUAGAAGAUGUUCAAGGUGAAAUUCCUCGCGGGAUGAACGAGACAGAAUGGUUGGUGAACGAAGAUCACGAGAUUCACAGUCCAAGUCGUAUGAAGCGUUCAAGUGUCCAGUUUCUUGACACUGAGGCGGACAAAAACCAUGAUUCGCCCGAGGUUGAAAAUCUGAUGACGAAGAUGGAAGAGCAAAGGAGGUUAAUAGAGCAGUUGCAACGAGAGAACCAAGCACUCAAGGAAGUAAGAAGGAACAAGGAUGAAGCCAUCUCAAGACUGCUGAAAGACUUACAAGCUGCGGAGAACAGGAGCUGGGAGAACAUGGUAGAGUACACGGAUAGAGAGAGUUCGAAACGGUUGACCGUCGAGACAGCAAGAAGGAAAGACACCCGCUACGAGCCAGGAGAGUGA